UGAUAUUUGAUUCCCAAGGUCACCAUCGGCUAGACAUUUUCCUAGCCAUUCAUUCAGUACAUUGCAUUAGAAGCAAUGAUGGUGAAGGAUAAGAAUCGUCCGAAACCGCCAAUGACACCAUAUGCAUGCUUUGUGCAAGUUAUACGCGAAGAGCAUAGAAAAAAGCAUCCAACUGAAAAUGUUAUUUUCAGUGAAUUUUCUAAAAAAUGCGCUGAGAAAUGGAAGCUCAUGACUGUAGAACAAAGGAAAUGUUUCGAAGAGAUGGCAAAAUUGGAUACAGAACGCUUCAAUCGUGAAAUGGCUCAUUAUGUCCCACCGACUGGAAUGCGACGUGGUCGUAGGCGAAGACGUAUCAAAGAUCCUGGUAUGCCUAAACGUUCAUGGUCCGCGUUCUUCUUCUUUUGUGAUGCAUUUCGAUCGAAAAUUCGUAGUGAACAUCCAGAUUGGAAAGUUAGUGAUAUUGCCAAAGAGUUGGGUAGACGAUGGGAAGAGUGUACGGAUAAAGAGAAAUAUGAACGACGUGCUCAAAAUGAUAAAUUACGUUAUGAACAAGAUAUGCAAAAAUACAAGGCCGGCUUAUAUGUGGCGACAAAACGUGCUCGAGUUGAAGAUCAAACCACCACAGAACUACUACCGCCAAGUACACAUGAUCAUCAGAUGAUAAUAAGUCAAAAAGCGUUAGUCGGUGAAACAAGUCAAAUCAUCAUGUCAAGAGAUGAAAGUGUUACCGGGGUGAGUGGAGUUGGCGACGAUGAAGAGGACGAGGAAGAUGAGGAAGAGGAUGAAGAAGAGGAGGAGGAGGGAGAGGAGGAAGAAGAAGGCGAUGAAGAACAUGAAGGUGAAGACGAUGAAGAAGAAGAGGACGAUGAAAGGGAUGCUGAACAGUCAAGAGCUAAUCCGCAUGGAAUACACCAUCUUAGCCAUAAGACAUCGGAUGGUCGUCAGAUGGUCACCAAUGAGACGAAUAAUAAUGCAAUCAUGAAUACAGGAAAUUAAAGUAGGUGGUGGUCGUGGGGGGGGAGACGAGUUCGUCGUUGCUUUUACUGCGUUACUUACUUCUGUAAAUUUCGUCUUUGUUUUUAAAUUGGAUCUUUCUUUCUUUCUAUUUACAUCAUAUUAUAUAAUAUACAUAUUUUUGUGGUCUUUCUCUACUUAAAAAUCACACACAUAUAUAUCAAAUUGCAUUUACUUUGUGCUAUUUUUUGAUUUUUCCGAUCCUUAUUGGUAUUAAUAUUAUUGUUAUUACUGCUUUUAUUGUCACUCUAGCACUCUUAAUAUUUCUUGACUUCAUAUCGACAUGGGGGUGAUUUCGACGUUUUUGUUCUUGUGAAUAGACGAAUGAACAUGAACACACACACACACAGAGACACACACCUCAGUUAAUUUAUACCUCAUUGUAAAUACAUUCAAACAUGUGUACUUGUGCUGUUUGUUAUAUUCUCUCUUCUAUUGUCUGAGUCCUUCUCUCAAAACUGUGUAACAUUCAGUUUCCUAAAGGAUAAUUGAAAUGGAUGGAC